AUGCCUCAUACAAAGCAGUCUGUCCGCAAAUCCACAGGUGGUAAAGCAUCCAGGAAACAACUGGCUACAAAAGCCGCUCCCAAGAGUGCGCUCUCUACUGGAGGGGUGAAGAAACCUCAUCGUUACAGGCCUGGUACCGGGGCACUCGGUGAAACCAGACGCUAUCAGAAGUUCACUGAACUUCUGAUUCAAAAGCUUGCUUUCAGCGUCUGUUGCGAGAAAUUGCUCAGAACUUCAAAAACAGAUCUGUGCUUCCUGAGUGCAGCUACUGGUGUUUUGCAGGAGGCAAGUAAGGCCUAUCUGGUUGGCCAUUCUGAAGAUACCAACCUGUGUGCUAUCCAUGCCAAACACGUAACAAUUAUGUCAAAAGAUAUCCAGCUAGCACACCACAUACGUGGAGAACAUGCUUAA